AUGGAUACAGAUACAACAACUCAAACAAAUAAUAAUAAUAACAUUAUAGAAAGAUAUAAUGUUAAUAAAACAUUAAAAGAAUUCAAAGCAUGCUUGGAAGGUAACAAAUGUCCAAUAUGUGGUGAUAAUCAGCUGUCUGACAGAGCAUCACUCAAUCAUCACAUUGCAUUGUGUUCAAUCUAUUUCAUGAGACACAAUCAAAUAGAUGUUGAUCAAAUGUUGAAUCAUGUAAAAGAUGAUGACAACAAAGAACAAAUGAAGAGAUUGGCAUUAGUUAAAGCACUGGAUAUUAGACUAUUUAGAUUGGUAUUUAUUGUCAAUUCAUACACUCGUAGUAUCAUCAUCAAACAUCAAAGACAAAUCAAUCAAAUGUUACUUCAACCUUUAUCAAAGAUGUCAAAAACACAACAAGAACUAAUAUCAUUAGGUUUAAGUGAAUACGACACUCAGUCAAUAGUAGUUCGAGAAGGUAGAUUCUAUCUGAAGAUUCAUUUUCGGUAUUUGGAAGAUUUAGAGAUAGAAGUAGCUGAGGUCAGAAGAGUCAUUCAACAAUCUAAAUUGAUUACCUUUCUAACUAUUACCUUUUUUUUCUACGAAGAAGUACUUGAACAAGAUCUCAAAGAGAAUACAACGAUCAAAGAGUAUGCUUUCUAUCGCCCACUAUUUGGAAGAAUGAUCUAUGCAGAGAGACCAAGUACAAGAUUCUUCAUCUCUGAACAUAUGUGGAAUUUCUAUGGCAAUAGUCUCCCUCACACACCAGCUUGUCUGCCAUCAAUGAUUCCACACAUUGAUAAAUAUCAUGUUCAAAGUUCAGCUUUUCAAACUCAUAUUGAACAAUCAUGUCAAGUAUUGACAGGAUCACCGUAUAUUAAAACUGUUAAAUUGGAUGCUGGCCCAAGAAAUUAUAAUAUAGAAGUAUUCAACCAAUUCACACUCAGUCUACCCAAUCUUGAAUGUCUUAGAUUACGAUGUGAUGAUGUGAAAGAGCACUUGUCAAUGGUCAUUGAACUAUUAAAUAGAAAUCAAAUCAAACACAUGACCAUUGAUUGCGAUCUCACAGUACUACAAUGUCAGCAAUUAUUCAAUGAUGGCAUAAAGACAAACAAAUCACUCAUCUCUUUGAAACUCGGUUUAAAGACAAAUGACCAAAAGAGAGGAGACACCAGUCAGUGA